AAAAUAGCCAAGAAUCAAACCACUGCUGUGGUAAUAACAUUAAGAGCAUUAAGUUCCCUACUGUAAAGCUACCAACCUUUGAUGGCAAUUACAAUACAUGGUUAGAAUUCUAUGACACAUUUAACUCACUUAUUCAUAACAAUGUAGCAUUAAAUGAUAUAAAUAAAUUUCAGUACUUAAAAGCAUCAUUGACAGGGCAGGCAACUUCUGUAAUAGUAUCAGUCGUUGGUGAACACUCAAAUAGUCAGUACGCGUCGCUUUAAAAAUAUAUUGUCAACCUUUGGUUAGAUUCACAAACAAACAAAUUGUUAAUAUUUGAGUUCCAUAAUUUUGUUGUGUUAAAUAAAUAGGUUGUCUACGAUUUGUUAUAAUGAAAACGUGCAGCAUUUGUAACAUCACUGCUAAUGAAGGCGUCCAAUGCACAAGUUGCAAUAAAUUUAUGGAUUUUGGAUGUGCAAAAAUUUCGGAAGGGGGCUGGAAAAAAUUGGGUGCUGAGAGAAGGGCGCAGUGGAGAUGCUCCGCAUGCAAGAUUUCGUCACCAGCCGUGUCUAAUAAUGAACCGGCAUCUCUUGAAACCAUACUGUCGGAAUUAAGAGACAUGAAACGACAGCUACUUAGCUUGCCGAAAUUGAUGGACGAUAUCCAAGAAAUUAAAGGUGAACUGUCCCAAGUAAAGGGGACAUGUGAAUCUACGAGUGCCAAACUUGAGGAAUAUGGCUCCAGGCUGUCUGAUUUGGAACUUAAAGUUACCGAACUUGAAAAGCUCCAGGAGUCAAUUAAUUGCUUGCAGACUGAUAUUGCGAAGAUCAAGUUUGAGUUUGCAUCACAAGAUCAAAGGUCCCGCCUAAAUAAUGUGGAGAUCAAGGGAGUUCCUCUUAAAAAAGAUGAGAAUCUAUUUUCAAUCUUUGAUUCUAUCAGCCGCAUGAUCAACUACAAUUGUCCGAAAACCCAAAUCAAUUAUAUCUCCAGAGUUCCCAUAUAUAAUUCCAGCGAAAAGCUUAUAAUUGUGAGUUUUCUAAACUGUUACAUUAAAGAGGACUUUAUUGCGGCUGCUCGCGCUAACAGAGACUUGUCUGCCCCCGACAUUGGUUAUCAGGGAUCGUCGAAUCGUAUCUACAUCAAUGACCAUCUGAGCGUCGAACAUAAGAAAUUGCUAAGCAGAGUCAAGGCCAUCGCCAAAGAGAAAUCAUAUGAGUAUGUAUGGGUUAAGCAUGGUAAAAUCCAUGUCUUGAAAAAUCAGUCCUCAAAGCUCGUAAUAAUUAGAAAAGACGCGGAUUUAAACAAGAUUGCUUGAUAUGUUUUUUACUUAGUAUUCUCCAUUUACUGCUACGUACUGUGUUUUUUAAAUAUUACUCAACUAGAUUGCUAAUU